GAGGAGCAUCUGAGAGGAUAACUGCCUGUUUGCUCACUCUUGUCUUCUUGCUCCCCCUCCUGUCCAUUCACUUCCACUCGCAGCACAAACGCUCAGACAGCUAGGUAGGCACAGCGGAGCUCAGAGCUCUGAGGGAUGGAUAAAAAGGUUCCCACGUGAAAAGGCAUGAAUCCACAGAAGAAGAGGAGGGUGAGCUAGAGGAAGAGCCAAACCAGAGAAGAGAGGAUAAAGAGAGGAGCAGAUGGACUCUGCACAGAGGAGAGGAAACGGUGUGAAGCGCACCGAGCGGCAGUGACAGAGAGGUGGGAAUAAGAGCAAAACAUGAACGCCAGAGGGAUGGAAGAAUGGGCUGAGGAGCUGUGAAGGAAUAGCGGAGAAGAAGAGGAGCUUUUGUGGGAGAACGAGGCAACGCAGAAGGGGAAACAGGAAGCGAGAGAUGUGGAACUCACACCGUCUUCAACCAUGAGAGAAUGAGUCACUGAGAGAAGAGCUGAGAAGAGGAAGAAACCAAGAGACUGAUAAAAUCAAAAGGGGGUGGGGGGGGACGAAAAGUUGAAACAGAUAGGCCAUUAUGGAGAAGUACGCAGACCCAUCCGAUACUUCGGCCAUCCAAUCUCCUGAGGCCCCAGGGGACAAAGCAGGUGGAGAAGGAGGCGCCGCCAAGUAGACAAGCCAAUGUGAUGGACACAGAGAGGAUGGACAGGCUGCGUUUUCGUACUCGCUGCCUAUUUGCCGGUAACCUCUCCGGCCUGAUCGAGAGUUCGUCUCCCUUGAAAGUUAAAGAGAAGUAAGGAGCAAAAGUGCACAACUUCAGAAGACAUGGGAGAGUAUGGACACUUCUUACAUGCUUAUUUUAAGAGUAUUUGAUGCUGCAUACAUUUAUUUUUGUAUAAGGGUAAGAUAAAGGCUAACCCAAAGAGGUUAGCAUUCAUCACAGUGAUCUUUACUGAAUUUAUACUUGCUGUGCUUAAUAUUACUACACCUUGAACUGUGAUUAUGGUAAUCCAUCCUUUCUAGAGGACAAUCUUAGUUGCAAAGGAAGUCCUUGGUGUAUAGAUUUGUGAUAACCUGAGCAGCUGCACACAAUCCUACAAAGAAGUUAAUCUUAUAAAGCCUGUUCUGUAAUGAAACUCAGUCGAUCAACUGUACAGAUCUCUCACUGUUAUAAUGAGUAUAAAGAAAAGGGGAGAUCAGUUUCCUUGUUGACGCACUGACACAACUAGGCCUUCACCACAUCAAACUGCCUGCAGAGCCUGUGGAUGUUGGGGGAGCGAGAGACACAAGAGAAAUGGUGAGCAAAGAGCCCAACCACUUGCUCACGGGCCAAACCAACAGCAAGAGCACCUUGGCGGACAAGCUGCCCGGGACAAUGACUGUGCGGUCUGUGCUGCUCAAUCGAGACUCCCCAGAUAUCGAGAGCCGCCUCAAGCGACGCCGCAACCGCACCCACCAGGUCCGCUUUAAGGACCUGGAGGAUGGCAGCAGCAGCAGUGGCAACAGUGGAACAGGAGAAAACAAUAGCCAUCAGAGGCCUGCCACGGACUGUGACAGCCCACAUCCUCUUCGCAAACACAGCAGCAGGUCCCCCAAGCCAUGGACGGACAGGGACAGGCUGCGGACUCAGAGUCUACCUGGCCAAACUUCUGUGGUCGGGGCUGUGCGUGGGGACAUGGCAAGUACUAUAGAGGUGGUGGCUGCUUUCUUAGCCCGAGCACCACCUCAUCCAUUGACACCAGGUCCCACGCGUCGAUGCUGGGUACCGCCACAGACUAACUCCCUAACCUUGCCAAUGACACGCAGGCCCAGCACGAGCACCAGCACAGCCAUCCAGACCUCCCCAUGCCUGAAAAAGCCCCAGUCCCUUUCCUCCACUCACACACGCAGCCACAGCCUCGGGGACUCAGUGGGCAUGGAUGGGGAUGACGAACAUGACUCUCAAGAUGAGUACCUUACGCACAACCACGUGUCGGUGCCUGGGUCCAAGGAUCAGAAUGGUCCUCCUGGGGACCGAGCUGUGAUAGAACGGAGGUCUAAAGCCUCCAGGACAGACAUUAAAUCAGCUGUUAGUGUGGUCAAAAGCUCCAGGCACAGCUGCCCACCUUCAGUGCUUCACAACACUGAGCCAUUUCACUGUUCCUCUGUGUCCUGUCGAGAUGGCCCCAAGCGUCAGGGAAGCAGCACUCCCUCAGUAGUCAGGAGGAGGAAGCGGCUGAAUCGGACAACAAGUGAUCCUGGAAAGGAAGUGCACUACUGCACUACUCCCACUCAGACUGAAAGCCCCAGUCCUUCCCCACCACCCUCAAACACCAAACUCUGCACCACUCAAGUUCAAACCGAGAGCCCUUCCCAACCUCAAAAGUAUUGCACCUCCCAAAGUCAAACAGAGAGUCAACAUAAAUCUCCACCUUCGAGUGACAAACAAUGCACAACUCAAAUCGCCAACUCUCGUCCAGCCCUACCUCCAAACACUGAACAGUGCACCACUCAAAUCCAGACAGACUCGCCCUGUCACUCUCCUCCAAAUCAUGAACCUUGCACUACCCAAACACAAACUUGCAGCCCCUGUGCUUCCCCACCUUUGACGGUAUCACCAAUGCAAACUCAAUCUGAGCAUCCAGUAUCCCUACCUGCGACUCAAGACCCUCCUAUCACCCAAAUAACAACUGUGCCUUACUUUACCUCUCCCCCACCUACAAGUGCGCAGACCCCUGAACACUGCGCCAAACAACUUUGCUCCUCUCCAGCCAAGUCAGCUUGCGCUACCCCACCGCCACCCAUAGCACUGACCAUUCCUUGCUCCACUUCUGCACCUACUGUCGUCCAACACCCUAUCCCCUAUUACACUGUUGUGUCGCCACCAGCGACCCCUAGCACAGCUCUUGUCUGCUCCAGUCCUGCACCAACAUACCCCACCCCAAACUGCACCUCCCCUACCCCAAACAUAGUAUCAUCUGCUCCCCUAACCUGCUCCACCCCUACACCAGCUAUAACCCCCAAUGUGACAUCCUUUGAGCCCACCAGACAUCCAACUCCCACCCCAAACAUAACACAUCAGCCCCCACACAAUGAAUCCAACACUACGCCUUCAAAUCUAACACCCUGUACAUUUGUAACUCAGACUGCCCUGUCCUGCACCUCCAUAACAUAUUACUCUACCACACAUUCAGUUAGUCACCAUGCCUCUCAUCCUAAUUCUACUACACCUUCUUAUGCCACCCUCAUACAAACCGUGUCUCAUUGCAACAUCCCAUGUCAAGCUCUGCAAAAUACCUCUUCUGCCAACACAGGCAAAACCCCAUUCUCCUCCCCAGUCCCCAAACUAAAAUCUUGCACUUCUCCGCCUCCACUUGUGAAAACGUAUGUGUCCACUCUUCCAAAUGCACAGCUAUGUGCAACGCCAACUAAAGCUGUUCCUCUUUAUUCUUCCACAUUUCGUGCUGCACCACCAUACACCCCCCCCUCUCAGGCGCCCUACAACGCUCAGGAUAAGAGGGGCAUUCGACUUCCACCUCCUCCCCCACCACCUCCACCUUACACACCGCGCAAAAAGGGAAACGAUCCGCCAGGUCCUGCAAUCCGAACACCCAUGCUCAGGGCAGACAGCAAGGCCAGCAAGAAAGAUAAAGACGAGGAGAAGGAGAAAAAGGAAGAUGUAAAAUGUACAGACUCACCCAAGCUCUGUGAGAGAGCCAGCUCUCUGAAGCACAGAGCUCAGACUCCGCCAGUUGCUGUGAUGAAGGGAGAGAAGCAGUCCUCUCCCUCCUCUCCUGCCAAGGCCUGUUUUAAGUCCAGCUGUCUCAGCUCAGCCCAGGCUCAGCUUGGGGCGCUACACAAAAUGCUCUGCUCAGGACCCAAUGCUAGGCCCAACACCCCCAAUAGCCAACACCCUCUCCCUCCAAACCAGCAGGGCUGCUCUGGAGCCAGGGGCUGCUCUGCUUCUGGGGAGCGGCCUACAGCUGGGCCCCUGACUGCAACCCAGGCUGACACACUAAGACAGGUCCAGGAAAUUCUGGGAGGGUUGGUGUCUGGGGCAAGGUGUAAACUGGACCCAUCCAGGGUGACAGAAAAGCUCCUGGGUCCCAAUGGACCCCUGCACGAUAUUCGCAGCCUGCAGACGCAGCUUCACAGCCUGGAGGGGGUCCUGGAGACCAGCCAGAACACCAUUAAGGUCCUGCUGGAUGUCAUUCAAGACCUUGAAAAGAAGGAAGCCGAGCGAGACGGAAGACAUUCAUACAGGACCGGACAGGACAUUGAGAACUGUGGGACCUGCAGGGACUGCGCCUGCAUCAUCUACAGUGUAGAGCAUGAUUUUCGUCUGCAGGAGGGGCAGGUGGUACGCACAUGGAAGGUGGGUGACCCUCCGGAGGGCUCGCCACAGACCCCCACUCCCCAGCCCUCCACACCCCACCAACAAGACUCCCCUCAGCCGGUGCGACCCCCUGCCACCACCAAGAAGAACAGGAAGAAAUGCUUCUGGUUCCUCUGA